AUUUCAAUUUAAUUUUAUUUUUGAGACAGUUUCUUUUUUUUUUACUAAACUCAAUCGCCUCUUCGCUCUCUUCUUUCUAAUCCCAUAUAUAAAGUUGAAAUCUCAACCACGAACCAAGCUUUUCGCUUCAGUUUGUUCCCGCACUCUCACUUUUCUCUCCUUACCUUUCAUCCAAAACCAAACCCUAACACUUUCCAAUCUCUCUCCUUCACUGCAGAGUUCAGUGUUCUUCACCAAUUUCAGAUCUGUUACUAAAUUUCUCGAUUCAUAUCGCUUUCAGAUUUCAUGUUCAGGAGUGUUGAUUGGAUAUGAAUUUUGAGUGAAACUCUUUGGAAAAUUCAAAUUCAAGUCUAGCAUUGGUUAAUUCGUGGAUGCUGUGUGGGUGGCUUUGCUUUUCUGGUAGUUAUUGUGUGGUUUGAAUUCUCAGAGGCUUUGUUCGUUGAUUUUGAUGGGAGAAGAAGCUGUUUGUUUGCAAGCAUUGGAAGAUGGAAGAACGGAAAAUAUUGAGGUUCCGAAGUCGGAACUGAAACGUGUUGCUGAUACUGAACCACCAAAUGUUUCUCCGAAUAAAAAACAAGCAAAAGAGGUUUCUAAUGACGAAGUGCGUUCUGAAGUUUCGAAUCCCAAUGUUUCUGCAACGGAACACGCGCUAACCUUUCAUGAUAUUAGUAGCCAACCCACGGAAACGGAAAACAUCAACCAUGCAGAAUGCGGUGAAUUAACGUCUACUUGUUUGGAGAAUUCUAGUUCUCAUGAUACUCUUAGUGAUGAGGCCGUUGAUAGGAAUCAUGAUAAUAACAAUAAUACUUCUCUGUAUGAUAAAAGCACUAGUAGUAAGGAUGCAGUGAUGUCCCGUGUUGUGAUGGAAAUUCCUAAGCAUGUUAGUUCAACUGGAAUUAGGAAAAUUACUUUUAAGUUCAGUAAAAAGAAGGAGGACUAUGAUUGUCAAACACCUGCGGGCUAUACUGAUGGAUAUGGCAAUGGCUAUCACGGGGAUGAUGAAUAUUUGGCAAAGGAUGAUUAUAAUAGUGGCUUGUUAGAGACCUCAUAUGGCAUGCAAUAUGUUCCUGAUGGAUAUUUGGAAUCAUAUUCUGGCAAUAUGGAAUUGAAAAUGUCAAAGAAAGUAGUUCCUAACUGCUUCCCUACAAAUGUCAAAAAGCUCUUAUCAACUGGUAUCCUUGAUGGAGCUGCAGUGAAAUAUAUUUACAACCCUGGAAAGGUUGAGCUAGAAGGGAUUAUCGGUAGCGGUGGGUAUUUGUGUGGCUGUUCAAUGUGCAGUUACUCCAGAGUGCUCAGUGCCUAUGAGUUCGAGCAGCAUGCUGGUGCUAAGACUAGACAUCCAAAUAAUCACAUAUUCCUAGAAAAUGGAAAACCAAUUUAUAGCAUUAUACAUGAAAUAAAAACUGCUCCAAACAGCAUGCCAGAUGAGAUUAUAAAGAAUGUGGCCGGUUCAUCUAUCAACGAGGAAACCUUCCAGGUUUGGAAAGAAAGUCUUCUAGAAAGCAACAGAAAGGUUCCAACUCAUAAAAAUUACAAUACAAAGUUUACUGGCAUGCCUCAUUCAAACAACAGUCAAUCUACAGAAAGUGAAAGCCCUUUCUUUUCUUCGCGUGUACGGAAUCAUUUUGAACAGCACAUGUAUGUGAACCAGACAUCUGAUGAGUGGAAACGCGUGGUGAAGAAGCCAAGCACCUACACUUAUCCCUCAGGUAUACUGCAGAAGAGAAGUACUGAUGGUUGCACUAAGAAAAGGGAUAAUGAUUUACACAGGUUACUUUUUCUGCCUAAUGGCCUACCAGAUGGUGCUGAGUUGGCCUACUACGUCAAAGGACAGAGAUUACUUGGAGGUUACAAACAAGGAAGUGGUAUAGUAUGCAGUUGUUGUGAUAUAGAGAUAAGCCCUUCACAGUUUGAAGCCCAUGCUGGAAUGGCUGCUAGACGUCAACCUUAUCGCCACAUAUAUACUUCCAACGGAUUAACGCUUCACGAUAUAGCUCUCUCUUUGGCAAAUGGUCAAAACCUUACUACGGGAGAUAGUGACGAUAUGUGUGCAAUAUGUGGAGAUGGAGGAGAUUUGAUUCUUUGCAAUGGAUGUCCUAGGGCCUUUCAUGCAGCCUGCUUGGGUUUACACACUGUACCCGCUAGUGGUUGGCAUUGUCUAAAUUGUAAAGAUAAUACUGAUGAUGAAAGAGGUGUGAGACCCAUCAUGAUACGGUUGACACGAGUUGAUAAAGAACCAGAAUAUGAAAUGGGUGGAUGUGUUGUUUGCAGGGAAAAUGAUUUCAGUGUUGAUAAAUUUGAUGACCGAACAGUAAUAAUUUGUGAUCAGUGUGAGAAGGAGUAUCAUGUUGGUUGCUUGCGGGACAUUGGGCUAUGUGAGUUGGAAGAGCUUCCCAAAGAAAAGUGGUUUUGUUGUGAUGACUGCAGUCGAAUAUAUGUGGCUCUACAGACUUCAGUUUCUGCAGGAGCAGAUACUAUACCCACACCCUUGUCUGAGCUAAUAAUCAGGAAGCACAAGGAGAGGGGGUUGUGUACAUAUGGAUUCAUGAAUGAUAUUCAGUGGAGAAUUUUAAGUGGAAAAAGUCGUUAUCCAGAGCAUUUACCGUUACUUUCUCGAGCUGCUGCAAUUUUUCGAGAGUGUUUUGAUCCUAUUGUCGCAAUAUCUGGCCGUGACCUGAUUCCUGUUAUGGUCUAUGGGAGAAAUAUUUCUGGCCAAGAAUUUGGGGGAAUGUAUUGCAUUGUUUUAAUUGUGAAUUCUAUUGUAGUAUCUGCCGGGCUUCUCAGGAUUUUUGGCCGCAAUAUUGCUGAGCUUCCCCUGGUAGCUACAAGUAGAGAGUAUCAAGGAAAAGGUUAUUUUCAAGUGCUGUUCUCUUGCAUAGAGAGGUUGUUGUCUUCUCUAAAUGUAGAAAAGCUGGUUCUCCCUGCUGCAGGGGAUGCAGAGUCAAUUUGGACUAAGAAAUUAGGCUUUCACAAGAUGAGUGAAGAUCAGUUAACCAAAUAUCUUAGAGAGGUGCAGCUCACCCUCUUCAACAAAACUUCAGUGCUGGAGAAGACUGUGCAGCUUGUGACAGAAUGAUGCUUUAUCUGGUGUUGUAACUAAAUUUUGGUUCAAUUUUUUUCCUCACUGUAACAUUAGUGCUAUGUUCUUGCUCUUAGCUCUAUUGUUUUUUCUUUUCCUAUAUUUUUAAAUAUUUUUUUGGAGUAUGGGUGGUUGUGGCAGCCAGCCAUAUCUCUUUCUUUUUGUACAAUGUAGGAUAAAAGAGUAAGCUUAGAUAAUGGAGAACGUAGCCUAAAAUGAUAGAAGUAGAGGAUUUGAGAGAGCAUGCUGACCAAUUUUUAUAUUAGCAUGUGUUUGCUAUAGGAAAGUUCUUGUAUUGAAUUUUGUUUUUCAAAGAUCGGGUAUUUUAAUGUUGAAUUAAAUGACUAUGGUUCUUGGCUC